AUGCAAAACUUAAAAGACAUCUCUCAGCAGAAAACAGCCAGGGUUAAUUGGUGUCAAAAAACGCUUGACCGUUUCAAUUCCGGAAACUCCAAAAAUGUGUACAGCAUUGUUAGUGGUGAUGAAUCGUGGCCAACAAAAGUCAUCCGUUCUCGAAGUGUUUCGAAAAAGAUGGUCGCGACAUUUGUGUCAAAAGCGGGUCACAUUGCAAAAAUUCCUCUUAAUGAGCAAAGCACUGUUACUGCGGAUUGGUAUACCACCAUUUGUUUGCCAAAAGUCAUCACCGAGCUUCUAAAAAUCAACCCCGAAAGAAGAAUAAUCUUCCACCAAGACAAUGCAAGCUCGCACACAGCCCAAAAAACAAGGCAGUAUUUAACUGAAGAAAACUUGGAAUUAUUGGACCAUCCUCCAUAUAGUCCCUAUCUAAGUCCUAAUGAUUUCUUAACUUUCCCGAAAAUUAAAAACAGACUGCGUGGUCAAAGGUUCCAGUCACCAGAAGCUAUCACUGCUGGAGGACACAACAAUCUGAAGCGUCCUAGCGCUCAUCUGCGAAGAUGA